AUCUCCUGUCCAAACAUGUGUGUGUCUGCUGGCCCCACCCAGCACAGCUGUUUGCCCGGCCCUCCCUGGACCAGGUUCCCACCACGAGGACAGGACGUGCUCCCACAUCCGCCUCUGCCACCAGCCUGGUGACUUGUGGUCACUGAGCCCAGUAGCCAGAGAGAGACUCUUUAAAAAGACUCUCAGACGUGUCAUUAAAAUCUCAGUGCUGGGUUUGGGGGAAGGUGCUGGGCGGCUCCCGCCCCUGCUUUCCGGAAACACAGAUUUUUAGUGUUUGAAAGUGACAGAAGGCUAAAGUGAGACGGCCCUAAAUAUACUGUCCUGGGCAUUUCCGGCAGCUGGGCAUGUGGGAUUAAUUCUGCACAAGCGGCCUCUUGCCUGAAGUAUUGGACCAGGCCCAGCAACGGAGCCACCUCGGGUCCCCCUCCAGCCCAUGCUUCACCCCACCUCCACGCACAGCUCCCACACCACACCCUGCUCCCUGUUGCCUGGAGCCCUGGCCACCCACUGGCCAGAGGCACAGCCAUGCUCCUAGGCUGAACUCCAACUCUCCUCAGUCAGGCCACCGCCAGACUCACAGCCCGUACCCCACCCCUCUGAUCUGUGGGUGGCCCUGGCCCACUCAACCUGUGCAUUCGAUGUCCCCUCUGCCUAGAAAGCCCUCCCUGCCACCUCCCCACCUGCCAAGACUCCGUCAUCCCAUCCUUUGAGGCCAGUUCAGAUGUCACCUCCUCCAGGAAGCCCACCCAGAUCCCACCACACCAUGGGACCUCUGACUCCCGCACUGACGGGGCCUCCCCAGGAGCUGUCACUCCCACCUUGCUUCUUGUUCCUUUCCAUCUCUCCCUCUGGCCUCCCUCCUCCUUCACCUGCUCCGAGAGGACCCUGCCACCCGUUCGCCCUUCGCUGUGUUUUGUGGCUGUCGUCUCCCUGUCUGUGCUGUCAUCUCUCAGCUCCAGGCCUUUGCUCACACCGGUCCCUUCCUCUGCAGCAUUCUUGUCCCGUGACCUCGUGGUAAAUUCACCGUCACCCUCAAGGCCCAGCUCCAGUGUCAGCUGUGAGCGCUCACCGUCCCACGUCCAUCCGCACACCGGGUGGGCUCUGAAGUGCACUCAGUCAUGGCCCUGCGCCACUCGGCCUCUUCUCCUUGGGUCUGACGUCCGUCUCUCAGAGGGGGGACCUGUCCUCUCUGCUAAUCUGUGGGCCCAGAGACAGAGGGGGCGGGGCCGGACCUGCUGGGUCGGAGGCUUGGGGGCAGAAAUGGAAGCUGCCCUUGUUGGCCCCACUGUGCGUCAGGUGCUGUGCUGGGCACCUCACUACCGGGCUCCGGGCCUCUCAGCACUGGGGGCAGAGCCUGUGGGCAGGCCCGUUCCCCAGGGAGGAAAUGCCUCUCCCAGGCUGUCCCGGCCCCUGGUUCCCACGGGCCCUGCCACCCUGGAGCCCGAGCCCAGAGCCAGGAGGGAACAGCCCGCUUUGUCUUGCAGUGGAGCUCGACCGCUCCCUGGGCCACCAGGAGCCCCCCUGGAAGGAGUUCCGCUUUGACCUGACCCAGAUCCCGGCGGGGGAGGCGGUCACAGCUGCCGAGUUCCGGAUUUACAAGCUGCCCAGCACCCACCUGCUCAACAGGACCCUCCAUGUCAGCAUGUUCGAGGUGGUCAGAGAGCGGGCCAACAGGGAGUCUGACUUGUUCUUUUUGGAUCUUCAGACGCUCCGAGCUGAGGACGAGGGCUGGCUGGUGCUGGACGUGACAGCAGCCAGUGACCACGGGUUGUUGAACCGUAGCAGGGACCUGGGACUCCGCCUCUACGUGGAAACAGAGGACGGUAAGGCCGGGGGCAGGCAGCGAACCUCCUCCCGGGCUCUGAUCAGAGGGGUCCGGGUUGCAGCCCAGCUCUGCAGCUCUCUGACUGGGACCUUGGCAGGUUACUUACCCUCCAAGCCUUCAUUCGCUCGCCUGUGGAAGGAGGAUUCAGGCCUUCAUCCAUCCACCAGGUGUUUAGGGGCGGAGCCUCCUGUAUCCCAGGCAGUGGGCAUAGAAAGCCGAAGGUGGGCCUGGAUCCUGUGUGACUACAUCAGGGGGCCGCAGGGCUGGAGCAGGGGUCAGGGGGAGGUCGGAGGGAGAGGAGCUGAGAGGCAGGCAGCGGCAUGCGGAGUCAGGGUGAGCCAGCGGAAGGGGUGGGGUUUUUAGGGAGCUUCUUGAAUUGCACAGCAGUGGAGGGCGGCAGGGUCUGAGUUAGCUUUUCAUAGAAGAGCCCUCACGGAGGUGUGGCGUCACUCCCAUCCCUAGUGUGGGCAGCCCUCGGUGACUGGCUUCCCCCGGACAGUGUGCAGGGGGAGGGGAGGGAACUGGACGGUGGGAAAGCUGACCAGCACCACCUCAGCCAGGCGACCAAGGUUCCCAUGGACACGCACUGGGCUCGUGUACCCUGGAUGGGGGUGGGAGGCUCUUCUCCUCGGGGGUCUUCUCCCCAAACCCACGGCCCGUGUCGCCAUGAGAAAAACAUCAGACAAACCCAGCUGAAGGGCAGCCUGCAGAAUGCCCGACCGGCAAGGCCAGCAACAAUGGGGCCGCCUGAGACCUGCACAGCCCAGAGGGCCCGAGGCGUCAUGACUCCGUGCCCUUGGGGUCCUGGAUGGGGUCCUGGAGAGGAAAGGGACCUGGGAAACGAAUGAAAUCGGAAUAAAUCGUGCUGUUAAG